CAAAAGUCAGCAAAAACCUCGCGGGUUUUGUUUAGCCACUCAGCAAUCUAGGUGACCUGAAUAGUGUUAUUCCAGUCCAAAAUGUUCAUCCAGACUGUCUUGAUUUGCACAUCAGUACAUGUGGUGAUUGGUUCGCCUUUGAUUGGACAGAUUGUAAAUGACUUCUUAAACCCUCAACCACGUCGGCCAUACAACCCUCCGCCUCAACCAAGUCGACCAUACAACCCUCCGCCUCAACCAGCUUCAUUAGGGGAUAUGCUAUCAGAAGACCAGACUAAGAGUCCAAUCGUGCCCAGAGCUACAGACGGCAUCCUCGGACUACCGAAGAUACCACGACCUCCUCCACCUCCACCUAUACUGCCCAAGCUGCCAAGACCUAGGCCUCUCACACCGGUUGAGUUGAAUCGGGGGUUUGGUCGUGCUCUCAGCUUGAUCACUAUCUUGGGCCAAGUAGACUCGUACAUCGCAGAACGUGCUCGAGCUGUCAUACGAAAACUGCUGCUACUAGUUGAUGAUGACUCCAACAGGGUUCAACAAGAAUAUUAGAUAGUAUUUUAUGUGUUUUUUUACUUUUUUAUUAAAAUUUUAUAUUUGGAAA